UCAGCGAGGACGGAGGAGGCGGGGCAGGCGGUUGUUUGGCCAGAGGGUCAGACGCGGUGCUAGGGGCCCCGGGGUUGUAGGGUCACUCUUCCGGAUCCCCACAGGCAGGGGCUGGGCCGAGGGAGUGGGCCGCGAACGGGUGCUGCGUCGCCUCGCUGGCCCUUUCCAGGCUGCCUUCUGAGGCCUUGAGCCAGACCCCAUCUGGCGCUCCCCUGCGCCUCCGCCGCAUCCCUCGCGCCGGAUAGCCGCCCCCUGUCUAGCCCAGAGGGUCCAGGCCCCAUCUGUCCCUGCUCCCACCGCGGCCACGGGCACCUUGAGCGUCAUCCUCCCCACUUCCCUUCCCAAGCAGCCCCACCAACGCCUCUAGCCGCCGCUCUUCCCGUCUGGUCCGUGGAAGUGGCUGGUUACUAUGGUGAAGCUGGCAGCCAAAUGCAUCCUGGCAGGAGACCCCGCCGUGGGCAAGACCGCCCUGGCACAGAUCUUCCGCAGCGACGGAGCCCAUUUCCAGAAGAACUACACCCUGACGACAGGGGUGGAUUUGGUGGUGAAGACAGUGCCAGUCCCUGACACAGGAGACAGUGUGGAACUCUUCAUUUUUGACUCUGCCGGCAAGGAGCUGUUUUCUGAAAUGCUGGAUAAACUGUGGGAGAGUCCCAACGCCUUGUGUCUGGUCUAUGAUGUGAGCAGUGAGCAGUCCUUCAACAACUGUAGCAAGUGGCUAGAGAAGGCUCGGGCACAGGUUCCAGGCUCCUCCCUCCCAGGUGUGUUAGUGGGGAACAAGACAGACCUGGCUGGCAGACGAGUGGUGGAAUCGGCUCAGGCCCAGGCGUGGGCGCUGGAACAAGGCCUGGAAUGUUUGGAAACAUCCGUGAAGGAGAUGGAAAACUAUGAAGCCCCUUUCCGCUGUGUGGCCAAGCAGUUCCACCAGCUGUACCAGGAGAAGGUGGAGGUUUUCCACACACUGGUGUGAGGCGCUGCCGGCAUCUGGCAGUGGGCCUCGUCUCCUUGGAAGACGAGAGAAGAUGGAAUUGCCUGGGCACUUCCAAUAUAUCCUGACAGCUUUAAAUAAAGUGAGGAGGAAACAUA